AUGAAUUGGGCAGCACCUCCUCCGCCUUCAAAGACAAAAAAUAAAGGUCCAGCUACACUGACACACACACGUUAUACAGUUUUUCUUCUAUUUAAUGAAAUCAAAAACCUCUGGUCGACAGAGAGGUUCUUGACUAAAUCAUCUGGACUUUAUUACUCGGGUGGGCCUUGUAAGGCCUUCUCGAGAUGGGCUAGAGAUGGAAAUAUUUUAGUGGGCUCUGGUCUACUAGUGAGAGAGAGUGAGAUAGAGAGAAUGGAGACUGGGCUAAGCGAGAUCGGAAGCACGAAGAUGUUCGAUGGCUUCAACAAAAGAUACAAACACUACAGCUCGACACUCGAAUGUUCCAUGACUUUCUCCGUCUACUUCCCUCCUUCUGCCUCAUCUUCCAAAAGGUUCCCUGUGCUUUACUGGCUUUCUGGCCUCACAUGCACGGACGAGAACUUCAUCAUCAAAUCCGGGGCUCAACGUGCUGCUUCUACUCACGGCAUUGCUCUUGUUGCUCCAGAUACUUCUCCAAGAGGUCUAAAUAUUGAAGGGGAAGCAGACAGUUACGACUUAGGUGUAGGAGCUGGAUUCUACCUAAAUGCUACUCAGGAAAAGUGGAAGAACUGGCGUAUGUAUGACUAUGUUGUCAAAGAGUUGCCAAAAAUCCUGAGUGAAAACUUUUCUCAGCUUGACACAGCGAGUGCUUCCAUCUCUGGACACUCCAUGGGUGGACAUGGAGCUCUUACUAUCUACUUGAAGAACCUCGAUAAGUACAAGUCCGUGUCUGCGUUUGCACCAAUUGCGAAUCCCAUAAAUUGCGCCUGGGGGCAGAAGGCAUUCACCAAUUAUCUAGGUGACGACAAGGCUGCUUGGGAGGAAUACGACGCCACUUGUCUUAUCUCAAAGUUCAACAAUCUGUCUGCCACAAUACUAAUUGAUCAGGGAGAAAACGACCAGUUCUUCCCUGAUCAGUUAUUGCCCAGCAAGUUCGAGGAGGCGUGCAAGAAAGUGAAUGCGCCGCUCCUACUGCGUCUGCAGCCAGGAUACGACCACUCCUACUACUUUAUUGCCACUUUCAUCGAAGACCACAUCAGCCACCAUGCUCAAGCCCAUAAGCUCUAGCUCUCACUUCAGCUGCUUGGCAACCAGCUUUGUCCAAAUAUUAGUACCAAUCAAUAAAGCAAGUGGACUUGUGAUGUUUUGUGCUCAAUAACUCUUCUGUGUGAUGUUCAAUAAUAAAAAAGCCGUCUUUGCUUCAUCUCCAGUUCCAGGUUCUGUAGCUCCUCAAUUUCUGUUAACAGAAAAGCAAAACUUGAGAAGAGAAGACACUGCCAUACAAAUUUGUAAUUUGAUGUAUAAAAAAAGUGUGGGGGUAAAAUUAAAUUUUAAUGAAAAACUUGGUUAAAUGUAUAAAUAAAAAGGUGCUGCAAAAAAAACCUAAUUUCGAAUUUUGUCAUCGUCGUUCUCUUUGAAACUUCGUCGUCUCUGCCGUUUUUAGCGAUCAACGGACGUUUUUUUUUCUUCCACUGAGAGAUUGUGAGGAUGACGGAAAGCAAAGAGAACUAUGAUCUGAACCCUCUCGUCGCGCCGAAUCUGGAUAGACACCUCGUGUUUCCUAUGCUUGAGUUCCUUCAGGAGCGUCAGCGUUAUCCUGAUGAGCAGAUCCUCAAGUUCAAGAUCGAGCUUUUGAACAAGACGAACAUGGUCGAUUACGCCAUGGAUAUUCACAAAAGCCUCUACAACACUAAAGAAGAUCCCGAAGAUAUGGUGGCGAGGAGAACGGAAGUGGUGGCUAGGCUCAAAUCUCUGGAGGAAGCAGCUGCUCCACUCGUGUCUUUCCUUCUAAACGCCAAUGCAGUGAAGGAGCUGAGGUCUGACAAGCAGUACAAUCUCCAGAUGCUGAAAGAGCGAUAUCAGAUUGGUGCGGACCAGAUUGAAGCUUUGUAUCAGUAUGCCAAGUUCCAGUUUGAAUGUGGGAACUAUUCUGGAGCUUCUGAUUAUCUUUACCAGUAUCGAACCCUUUGCUCCGACAGUGAAAGAAGUCUGAAUGCUUUGUGGGGAAAGCUCGCAUCUGAAAUAUUGAUGCAGAAGUGGGACACUGCACUUGAAGAGCUCAACCGUCUGAAAGAAAUUAUUGACUCAAAGAGUUUUGCAUCUCCACUAAAUCAGGUGCAGAGCAGGAUAUGGUUGAUGCACUGGGGUCUCUUUAUCUUCUUUAACCAUGAUAACGGGAGGACACAAAUCAUUGACCUUUUCAUGCAAGACAAGUAUCUGAAUGUCAUACAAACAAGUGCUCCUCACCUGCUGCGUUACUUGGCAACUGCUUUUAUAGUCAACAAAAGGAGAAGGCCUCAGCUGAAAGAAUUCAUCAAGGUUAUUCAGCAAGAGCACUACUCUUACAAGGAUCCCAUAAUUGAGUUCCUGGCCUGUGUCUUUGUCAAGUAUGACUUUGAUGGAGCUCAAAAGAAGAUGAAAGAGUGUGAAGAGGUCAUCGUGAAUGAUCCAUUCCUUGGCAAACGAAUCGAGGAUGGGAACUUUUCAACGGUACCACUGAAGGAUGAGUUUCUUGAGAAUGCUCGUCUCUUUAUCUUUGAGACAUACUGCACAAUCCAUCAGCGAAUCUACAUGGCGGUUUUAGCCGAGAAACUGAAUCUGAGCAAUGAGGAAGCUGAGAGAUGGAUUGUGAACCUUGUUCGAACCUCAAAGCUCGAUGCCAAGAUUGAUUCCGAGUCUGGAACUGUUAUCAUGGAGCCAAGUCAACCCAACGUGCAUGAGCAGUUGAUAAACCACAGCAAAGCAUUGUCUGGAGGUACUUACAAGUUAGUUAACCAGGUCUUAGAACAUACCCAGGCGCAAGAUGCUCGAUGAUCAUUUUUUUUGCUUUUCAACAUCAUGAUGUCCAUUUUUGCUCUGAAAUUUACUACUGUAGUUUUUGAACAUUCUUCUUUUUCAUCUUCACAAGUUUAUACAGU